CACGAAGUGAUGAAUCCGGAAAUAAAGGUAUUCAUACUACUCGAAGCAUAUCACGUACGAUUACGGAUCCUUUAGAUAGGAAAGAGAGUCAGCAAGCAUCUGCUGAUAGAUCAAGAACUGAAAAGCUAAGACGUAUUGGUGAACGUAUAAGACGAGUAGAAAACACAGAUGCAGUAGACUUUGAUGUCACCCUACUAGAUUUUGCAGGACAACAAGUCUAUGAAAUGUCUCAUCAGAUGUUCAUGGCUAUGCUGGGAAUUUAUAUCCUCGUAGUUGAUUUGUCUCUUAAACUUGAUGAUGUAGUCCCCUAUAAUCUUGGAGGGAAAAAGAAGACUUUGAGAGGUACGAAUUUAGGUACUCACUCAUCAUUGCCUGUG